AUGUCAUCUCAAUUCUUACAGACAGAGCUUGCCAAUCUCAUACAAGAGUCAAGGCGGAAGAACUCUGAUUUACGAAAUGCAGCAGAGCAAUCAUUGAACGAGCUGAAGGCGCUGCCUUCAACAUCAGAAGCUCAAAUAGCUGCAGAUCUCGUCCGCAAACCAACUUUUGUCGAGCCUUUCAUCAUCGCAUGUCAUACACGGCAUGCGAAACUUGCCGGAAUUGGCGUAGUAUGUCUUCAAAGGCUCAUCGCCUCAAGGGCGCUGCCAUCCCAUCGCCUGAAAGAUGUUCUUGCUGGCUUACGAGAGACGACAAACUUGAGCCUUGAUAUCCAGUUGAAAAUCUUGCAAUCUUUGCCUUCACUUUUGCAAUAUUACUCUAAUGAGCUGAGCGGAGACCUUCUUGCAAACACAUUAGAGAUAUGUGCAACUUUGCAGGCAAGCAAAACGUUAGCAGUCAGUAGUACGGCGGCUGCGACUCUUCAACAACUAGUGGUCUCAACAUUUGACAGAGUGUCGGGCGAGGAUAGGCUUGCAGAUGAUGCAAAAUCUACCAAGACUGUAAAAGUUGACGGGCAAUUUGUUGAAAUUGGACAAUUUGCAUACGAUGCUUUGCAGGUCCUGGAUGAUCUUUGUCGUCUAGUCGAUGGAGAUCAAUUGAAAUUUCUCCGAGCACGGGCUCCGGCACCGGCUUUUGUCCUCGAACUGAUUGAGGGUAUUAUAUUGAAUAGCGGCCGUCUCUUUGUCGACCAUCCUGAACUGUCUCAAGUGCUACGGGUCCGUUUAGUGCCGCUUAUUGUUCGAUGUUUAUCCGAGAAGACUUCGUUUGCGCUGACAGUGCGGGUAUCUCGUAUACUUCUUGUCCUUCUAAAGCGCCACAUGUCUCUCCUGAUCGCAGAAUGCGAGAUGGCUCUUGGUCUUCUGACUCACUUACUUGAACCAGAUGGAACAACACCAUGGAAACGAGUGUUGUGCAUGGAAGUUUUUCGUGGUCUCUAUUCUGAACCGGGCGUUGUUCGACAGAUUUACUCUCUUUAUGAUGGAGAGGAAGGCAGGAAGAAUAUCCUGAGAGACCAUAUGGCCUCUUUUGUGCGCCUGGCCUCGGAAAAACCUUCAUUGAUUGGGGUUAGCAACCAAUCAACUAUACCGUUGCGCGCAGAGCAUUCACGAUCGACAGAGGAUCAGAUUGCCCUGGAGACCGGCGGUGUUGCAGGCGUCAUUGGGACCUCAGUUCCCCAGACAGAGCUCAGGGUUCCUGGUAUAAGCAGCCAAUGGAGUGUUGUGCGGACGCCAUAUAUCGAAAUCCUCGACAAAACUGAACCUUUGUUGCCCCCAGAGACCUACAUUUAUAGUUUGGUGCUCAACUGUAUCAGUACUUUCGCUGAAGGACUUGCCAAAUUCAUUCUGCCCCUCACGGUUCCAGAUCUGAAGCAAAAACGAAAGAACCGACUGAUUAAUAGUCCAGGGCCUGAUUCAGCUAGAUCCUCUCAAGAUUUCCAAACUUCCGAUACUGGAAAUAUACAGGCAGCCCUUUCACAAAAGAAAUCAUCUGUCCCGAUCAACCCGUUGGAUCUGCAGUCUCAUAAUCAGUUUUCCUCCAUUAAAACGUGCGCCGCGAUCAUUGAGAAUUGCUGGCCAGCUGUUCUUGCAACCUGCUCUACGUUUUUGCAUGCCUCGCUUGACGAUGAAUUCUAUCGCAAUCUCGUUCACUCUCCGUUCCCCCGGGACGCGUUUCUCACAACGCUUGGGAAAGCUGCCAUGCCUGCAAGCACCGCAAAUUCCAAGAUGCAGACCCCUGGAGCAUCGACGGCAACAAAGUCGCAGGGCACCAAUGAAUCGAUGAAAAACCGAAAAAGCACCGACUCGUCGAGGAACGGUUCAUUUGCCGUGGAAUCCUCCGGGUCUACUGCGGACGGCACACCUGUGUUUCUCAGUACCAGGAAUCUUCUGUGUCUUCGUGCUUUGAUUAAUCUUGGAAUUGCUUUAGGUCCGACCUUGGAUCAAUCAGCUUGGUGUAUUCUUCUGGAAACAUUGCAAUAUACCGGCCUUGUCAUUGGCACAUCAUCAAGCGCAAUGAUCAAGUCGGCAAGUGGUGUGGAGAAUUCGAGCAUGUUGGGUAAUGAUGUUCCUACAGCUAACCUCGGAACUGAAGUUAUCGCUGUGCAAGCGGCCUCUGCGAAAUUAUUUGAAAGCACCAAUGACUACCCUAGUGAUUCUUUUCAAGAUAUUCUCCUUGCUCUGUUGAACCUGUCCGCAUUCACCGCACAGGAUGAGCAAGUUGACCAGGUUCAGCAGGUGUCUGAGACACCGAGCUCACCCCAGUCCUCUCGAAACCCUGGACGCCUUAAUCAAAAUGCUCGACGGGUGUCGCACAAUGUGGGCAAAGCCAGAAUGCAAGACGAGGAACUUAAGUUCGUGUUGGAAAAGGGUAACGAACUAGCUCGAGCAAAUCUCGAGAGACUAUCAUCAUUGGACGAAACGGAUGGACGGGCUUGGCAAGUAUUGACCCAAAGCCUUAUUUCGACAUCCGCAAACACGGCCAUUAGUCCCAAUCUCCGCCUGCAGGCCAGCGGAAUUCUGAACUCUUUGGUGUUCCUCACAAUGAAAUCUAGAGAUAGUGAUGACGAGGAGACCCAGAAUAAGGUACAGAUGAGGAAUCUUCAAACCCUCAAGGAUCAAGUCACUACGCUUUAUGGGUCAGAACUUCCGUCCGCCAAGUCUCUCCCAAUCACGGUGGUGGAGAUUCAUGAGCAGAGCCUGGAGUCUCUGCAGAACAUUCUCGAGCAGUACGCCGAAACAUUUAAAGAUGGAUGGAACGUCGCUUUUGAUUUGAUAUCCGGUGUUUUCCAAGGGGUCUCGAAGGUGGAGGCGGGCGACCGGCUCUCCACCACCAUGGAGCGCAGAUCAUCUGGGCUUCCAUCUGGACCUCGAUUAGUUCGCGCUGCAUACAAGUCGCUGCAUCUAGUUGCAUCAGACUUUCUUUCCCUACUCCCAGCGCCUUGCCUGUUGAGCCUAGUCGACUCGCUUUCGAGUUUCGCUUCUCAAAAACAGGAUUUCAACAUCUCGCUCACGACUACGUCCUUUUUCUGGACAGUCUCGGAUUUUCUACAAGGCCAGAUUGAAGAAUUCUCAAUAGAAAGCCAUGUGGAUGCUUCUGUCACUGAAGAGACUCUGAGUGACCUCGCACGAUCUGAAGAUCCGUCUGUGUCAAGGAAUUCACUCUGGCUUUUAUUGCUGCUUAGAAACGUGGAUAUUACAACGGACGACAGGUCGGAAAUUCGAAACAACGCGAUACACACCCUUCUCAGGAUAUUUGAUGCUUAUGGACAACAACUUUCUCCAAAGGCGUGGCGUUUGUGCCUCAAUCGUGUACUCUUCCUAAUGGUGGAGAAGAUUGAGAAGACACUAAAUCAGCCCAAGAUUGUAAAGGGUGAUCUCAAGUCCUGGGUGGAUACAACGGUCGUGAUGAUCAGAGGAGUCUCAAAUCUAAUUACAACUUUCUUUGAUACCAUUGCGAGCGACGACAAAUUCGAUCAGUCUUGGACUCGAUUCGUCAAAUACUUUCAAGCCUUGGUUGGCAUGCGACAUCUUGAAUUCAACGAAGCUGCAUUUGCCAGUCUCUCGGCCAUACUUGUCAGAGUACAGUCACCCAGUGGGAUAAGCAAGAGCGCUCUUCACUGUGCCUGGAAUCUUUGGCUUGGUGGGCACCCAGCUGAGGAUGAAGCAAAGCUGAACCUGGAACGCCCCAAUCAAGAUGCUGCAUUGGCUUAUAUACAGAGCUUUCAGCAGGUGUAUCGUUUGUACAAAGAUGACUUGAGCACCGAAGAUACGAAGAAAGUUCUCCGUCAUCUCCAAUUACUGGCGUGGAACUCGGUCUCUUCUCCAUAUUCGCCAGAUAUCGAUCGUCCUUCCGAAGUCCAGGUGCUGGUUAUUGAAUGUAUCAAGGCUUUGUGUCUUGAGCAGAAACAAUCCCAGGCUGCAAUCCUCUUAUGUCUUGCAGAGCUUUCUGCUUCAGCACUGACGAAAUGGAGUCUGGGAACCGAUUCACGGAGACCUAGUUUUGUGUCCCUUUCGAAGAAAGCAAUUGACCUUGUCAGCUGGUAUGUCGCCGAAUUCGGCAUUCAACAAGACAUUUUCACAAAUGGUGCGCUCGCAACAACACUUGAUCGUCUCAGCUUGCCAAUUACCCAAAAGUACACAUGGGAAGGCAAAGAGCGCGAGCCAUACCUAUGGCAGAAAGCCACAACUGUGUCAUUGAACGUUCUCCAAGUUUCUGUCCCCUACAUAGAAGAGCAAUACUCUGAAAAGAAUUCGACAGAAACAGCACGGUUCUGGCAACAUGUUGUGGAUAUCACCUCCGGAAUUGUCUCAGCCCACGGAUUCCAAGCACAGCAGCUACCGAACGCCAGAAUCCUGAGCGAUGAAUCUUUCGAUAUUGACGCUUUUACCCGAUUGAAAACAUUGAUUCUCCCCUCACUCGGCGCAUCUGCUAUUCCAAGCUCUAUUCGCAAUGACUUCGCGUAUGCUCUGUUCGAUUCUACAUUCAUAUAUCCACCUCAGCGACUUGAUUUGCCAGCGACAGCGAUUGGCAAGACUCCCCUCAAGGAUUUCUACAAGAUUCGGGCCGGUCGUACCUUCGACCCACCUCCAACUCUGCGUCCAAGGAUGGCUUAUACGCUCAUAGAUACCCUCUUUGAGCUUGCCACAAGUUCGGAGGCCACUAACGCGUCUACUCCAUGCCCGCGGACAUUGCUCGCUCAAUCCGCAACUCCAUAUAUCCUUCUUCGUUGUGGCAUGUCUCUGAAAGCCUUCAUCGCCGAUCAGCCUUUACGCGGUCUGAUGCCUCAGCCCACGCUUGCACGCAAGGCCCUACUCCAUCUCCUUGGUCAUAUGAUUCAGCUUAAGAGUGAGCCUUCGGCUGUUCCGGAUCCACCCGCCUUGAAGACAGUAUCGACGAUUGCCUCCCAUGACAAAGAACCGCUUCACCACCGGAAACAUCUUGAGUGGCUGUAUCCACUCGUUGUCAGGGCAAUCCAGGUGGCGGGUAAGGAGCGCGAUGAUGGGAAGGUUCUCCAAACCUUGGUUAAUGUGUUGGAGGAGACUGGACGUUUCGAGUAG